CCCUCCAAGCAAACACCAACCACCUCAAUAUUGACGCCUUCCAUUCACAGUGAUGGCAUUUCCCGGUAAACCCUCGGAGCCAAACGUCUGCAUCCAUUCUCAUCCAAUCGCCGACUCGGCAUCCGCCUACAUCUCCGAUCCUUAUCACUGGAAGAAGGCUGCCGAGACCCUCAGCAGCGCCUACUUCGAUGAGGUCCGCCGUAUGAUCACCCAAUUCUCUGAGCUCACCUCCAUCUGCCUCCAGGGUACUACUUCCUUGACGGUUGCCCAGGUUGCUGCAAUCACCCGCCGCUCCAGCGUCACUGUUACCCUCGACGCGGCCACCGCCCGUGCUCGAGUUGACCGCAGCGCCGCAUGGGUCGCCGAGCACAGCAACACAGCCGGGUUUGGUGCCUCGUCGCACCGCCGCACCAACAAGACUGGAGACCUCCAGGCCGAGCUCAUCCGGUUCCUGAACGCCGGCGUCAUCGGCGCAGACCCCUUCCCUUCGAGCUACACCAAGGCUGCGAUGCUUGUCCGGACCAACACCCUCAUGCAGGGCUACUCCGGCGUCCGGUGGGAGCUCCUCGAGGCCAUGAGCAAACUCAUGAAUCAGAACCUCAUCCCCAAGAUUCCACUACGGGGUUCCAUUUGCGAACUCCUUCCAUUAUCCUACAUCGCCGGCGUACUAAUCGGGCGGGACAAUUCAUUGGUGACCACCCUGGAAGGCAGGGAGAUCACAUCCAUGGAAGCGCUAAAGCGAGUGGGGAUCGAUCGGCCAUUCGAGCUCCAUUCCAGAGAGGGGAUCGCGCUGGUCAACGGCACAGCGUUGGGGUCCGCGGUGGCGGCGGCGGCGUGCUACGACGCCAACAUUUUGGCCAUACUCGCGGUCAUCUUGUCAGCCAUUUUCUGCGAGGCAAUGCGGGGGAGGCCGGAAUUCGGCGAUCCGCUGACCCACGAGCUGAAGCAUCACCUGGGCCAGAUCGAGUCGGCGGCCAUCAUGAAGUACCUCCUGGAAGGAAGCGACUACAUGAAGGAGGCGGAGCUCCGGCGAGGAAGAGAGCCACCGACAAAACCAAAACAAGACCGCUACGCUCUCCGGACCUCGCCACAGUGGCUGGGGCCGCAGAUCGAAUUGAUUCGAAUGGCGACGCACUCGAUAGAGCGGGAGAUCAACUCGGUCGACGAUAACCCCUUGGUCGAUAUCUCCCGCGGCGUCUUCCUCCGCGGGGGCAACUUCCAGGGCACGCCCAUCGAUGUCUCCAUGGAUAGCCUCCGCAUCGCGCUGGCAGCGAUCGGGAAGCUCAUCUUCGCCCAGUUCUCUGAGCUCGUCUGCGACUAUUACAACGACGGGCUGCCGUCCAACCUAAGCGCCGGCGCGGACCCGAGUCUUGACUAUGGCUUCAAGGGGGCGGAGAUUGCGAUGGCUGCGUACUGUUCCGAGCUACAGUACUUGGCCAAUCCUGUCACGGCCCACGUCCAGAGCGCGGAGCAGAACAACCAGGAUGUCAACUCUUUGGGUCUGAUUGCAGCUAGAAAGAGUGUUGAAGCUGUUGAGAUACUGAGGCUAAUGAUGGCUACUUACAUGGUAGCUUUAUGCCAGGCCAUAGAUUUGAGGCAGCUGGAAGAGAAUCUAAGAGAAGUAGUGAAGCAAGCUGUGGUAGAGGCUGCAAGGAAGGUACUGGAUUCGGCCGAGGAUGGGAGCUUAUCAGAGGCGAGGUUUUGGGAAAAGGAUUUGAUUCAAGUGGUGGAGAGGCUGCCGGUGUAUUCUUACAUUGAUGACCCAGGGAAUGCGAAGAAUGCGUUGAUGCAGCAGCUAAGGGAAGCUUUAGUGGAGAAGGCAUUAGAGGGGAAUGAGGAGGGGAGAGUGGUGUUUAAGAGGAUAUCAGAGUUUCAAGAAGAGGCGAGGCAGAGGUCGAGGGAGGAGGUGGAAAGGGCGAGGGAGAGAUUUAGAAAAGGUGAUUUUGUAAUUGGGAGUAGGAUAAACAAGUGCAGGACUUAUCCCAUGUAUAAGUUUGUGAGGGAGGAAGUGGGGACGGAGUUACUAACAGGGGAGAAGAAGGUGAGCCCGGGGGAAUAUAUAGAGAAGGUGUACGAGGCGAUGAAGGAGAGAAGGGUUGGAAAAGUGGUGGUGGAAUGCAUCGAUGGUUCAAUUAGUGGAUUUGCAGCACACAAGAACCCUUAGCAGUUGGUGGUUCUGAGCACGAGCGGGCACAGGCGCUAUGUUGAAGACAAUGACUUUUUUUAAAUUAUUUUAAAAUAAAUAUAUCUUUCAAUAUUAGAAAAUGCAAUAUCUAAUAAAUUAAAUUUUUUUUUUGAGAAACAAUAAAUCAGAAAAAUUAUAUGUGAUAGCCGUCCAUAAAGUAGAUCCGUGAGUCUUUCAUAUCCGCCAACUUGCAGUCUUAAACAGUUGCCGAGUACAAGCCAUAGAUGGCAUCUUGUUGCACCUAAGCUUAUUGUCUUGUUCAUGUGCAACACAUUUUAGUGUUCGUGGUUCAAUAAAAAUAUAAGUUCCUAGCA